CUGUCUUCGAUUGAGCAGCAUUGUCAACAGUUUUACGUUAAAUGCACUGAACUGAUGCGCUAACAGUGCUAAUGCUAAUAAGCUAACAGUCCUCUUGUCAAAAUGCAACUUAAUUUGUUCAGAGCAAAACGAAGCUAACGCGUGUUUACAUAUCGGAAAAUACUGGGACGAAGUCUGUGCCACCAUAGCUGCUUUAACACAAUCGGUGAACUUAAUGUUUCACACUCGCACCAUGGCUAUGAGGAGCGAGUCUAGGGUGGAGACAGAGGUGGAAGAGGAGGAAAGCUUUGGACCACAGCCUCUGAGCAGACUGGAGCAAUGUGGAGUCAGUGCCAGCGACAUCAAGAAGCUGGGGGACGCAGGUUUCCACACCAUCGAGGCGGUGGCGUACGCACCCAAGAAGGAGCUGCUUAAUAUCAAAGGCAUCAGUGAAGCCAAAGCUGAGAAAAUACUUGCUGAAGCAGCCAAACUUGUGCCCAUGGGCUUCACCACAGCGACUGAGUUCCACCAGAGGAGAGCGGAGAUCAUCCAGAUCUCUACAGGCUCCAAGGAGCUGGACAAACUCCUGCAGGGCGGGAUCGAGACGGGCUCCAUCACAGAGAUGUUUGGAGAGUUUCGGACCGGGAAGACCCAGCUGUGCCACACCCUUGCUGUCACCUGUCAGCUGCCCAUCGAUCAGGGGGGGGGAGAAGGUAAAGCCAUGUACAUCGACACAGAGGGGACCUUCAGACCCGAGAGACUGCUGGCUGUAGCCGAGAGGUACGGGCUGGUGGGCAGUGACGUCCUGGACAACGUGGCCUACGCCCGCGCCUUCAACACCGACCAUCAGACCCAGCUGCUGUACCAAGCCUCCGCCAUGAUGGCUGAGUCCAGGUAUGCUCUGCUGAUCGUGGACAGUGCGACCGCUCUGUACAGGACGGAUUACUCGGGCAGAGGAGAGCUGUCUGCGCGGCAGGGACACCUGGGACGCUUCCUGCGCAUGCUGCUGCGCCUGGCAGACGAGUUUGGGGUUGCCGUGGUGAUAUCCAACCAGGUGGUGGCGCAGGUGGAUGGAGCAGCCAUGUUUUCUGCAGAUCCAAAGAAACCAAUCGGAGGCAACAUUCUGGCUCACGCCUCCACCACACGUCUGUACCUAAGGAAAGGCAGAGGAGAGACGCGGAUCUGUAAAAUCUACGACUCGCCCUGCCUGCCCGAGGCUGAAGCCAUGUUCGCCAUCAACCCUGAUGGAGUGGGUGAUGCUAAGGACUGAGGUGGGGGGGGGGGGGCAGGAAGCAGCGGAGGGUAAAGAGUUACCUGCUGGCUCAUUCUGGACUACUACUGGAAGUGUUUUGCACCCAUGCCACCGCCUUCACACACUCAGCUGAUAGGGGGACAGAAGGCAGAGGUCGUAUGAUUUGAUGCUGAUGGAGGUGGUGCACUCUGCACACCCUCUGAAAGGCAGUGGAGCAACAGCAACAUUAUAUUUUUUCAUGUUGAAGCACGUUUCAGUCAAGGGUAAAACUGAUGUGUUCUUACAAUGAGCAUCUCAUUGCUACAACAUGUGUUGUGCUGAGGAACGACCUUCAGAUUCCCUGAGUUAUUAUCUAAUCUAUCUAUUAAUAAGCGUAAAUCAGAUCAGUUGUGUUAGUUCCAAAACUGGAAAGAUCACAACUCAACCGAAGUCUCGGGAAGUAUUUGAUCUUUAAGUUGUAGAGAUACUACGUCAUUAUUAGAGAUACGCUCUCAUUUCUUUCUGGGUUGAAUUUCCCUCUGUAGUUUUUCUAUGGAGUCUACUUUUGUAAAACUAUGUCUUAUAGUGUCAGAUUUCUUUUGCUAUUUUAUUUUGUGGUCGUUUGUUUUGUGACAUAAGGUGAUUAAAGCAUUUCUAUAACGUA